AUGUCUCAAGAAGAAGAACAGUACCAAGAAGCUGCUGAACAAGAAUAUGGAAGACAAAACAUGGCAGCUUGGCUUGUUGCCGCGAAAACUCUAAAGAUUCAGCCUUACACCCUCCCACCUCUUGGUCCUCAUGAUGUCAAAGUUAGGAUGAAAGCUGUUGGAAUUUGUGGAAGUGAUGUUCAUCACUUCAAGAACAUGAGAUGCGCAAAUUUCGUGGUUAAAAAGCCUAUGGUGAUUGGUCACGAGUGCGCUGGAAUCAUUGAAGAAACUGGCGGCCAAGUGAAGUCUCUAACGGUGGGUGAUCGUGUUGCUUUGGAGCCCGGCAUAAGCUGUGGCCGCUGUAAUUCUUGCCGGACGGGCCGUUACAAUCUCUGCCCAGAUAUGAAAUUCUUAGGUUCCCCUCCAACUAAUGGUUCCUUGGCGAAUCUGGUUGUGCAUCCUGCAAACUUGUGCUUCAAAUUACCGGAUAAUGUAAGUUUAGAAGAAGGGGCAAUGUGUGAACCGUUGAGCGUGGGAGUCCACGCUUGCCGGCGUGCUGGUGUUGGUCCAGACACUAGAGUAUUGAUCAUAGGAGCUGGUCCAAUUGGGCUGGUAACCAUGCUGGCUGCCCGCGCUUUUGGAGCCCCCAAAGUAGUCAUGGUGGACGUGGAUGAAUCCCGCUUAUCGUUUGCCCAAAAGCUAGGUGCGGAUGGGACAAUCCUGGCUUCAACAAGUAUUGAGGAGGUGAAGGUGGAAGUCGCUGAAAUUCAAAAGGAAAUGGGGGAUUCGAUAAAUGUGAGCUUUGAUUGUGUUGGUUUCGACAAAACCAUGAGCACGGCCCUGAGUGCUACAGCCGCGGGUGGCAAAGUAUGUCUGGUGGGAUUAGGCAGAAGCCAAAUGAAUAUCCCCCUCACUCCAGCUGCUGCAAAGGAAAUUGAUGUAGUGGGCAUAUUUAGGUACGGGAAUACAUGGCCACUCUGCAUGGAAUUGCUAAGGACAGGCAAGAUAGAUGUGAAGCCUCUCAUAACUCACAGGUUCGGGUUCACACAAGAAGAUAUGGAAAAUGCUUUUGAAACUAGUGCUCAGGGUGGUACUGCGAUCAAGGUCAUGUUCAAUCUGUAG